AGCCACGGGGAGCGCGGCCGCGGAGGACCCGGGCGACCGGAUCCUGGGAUCCCGGCUCCACGCUGUCCUCGCCUUUCUCAGACCCACCUCCCUCCCCCGACUCUUUCCCCAAAACGGAGCCUUUAUACCCAGAGAAGGUGCGCGAGCUGGAGCAACCCGGACUUUCCUGGGCACCCAAGAUGCGCUCCAUUAGGAAGAGGUGGACGAUCUGCACUAUAAGUCUGCUCCUGAUUUUUUAUAAGACAAAAGAAAUAGCAAGAACUGAGGAGCACCAGGAGACGCAACUGAUCGGAGAUGGUGAAUUGUGUUUGAGCCGAUCACUUGUCAAUAGUUCUGAUAAAAUUAUUCGAAAGGCGGGCUCAUCAAUCUUCCAGCACUCUGUAGAAGGCUGGAAGAUCAAUUCCUCUUUGGUCUUGGAGAUAAGGAAGAACAUUCUUCGUUUCUUAGAUGCAGAGCGAGAUGUCUCAGUGGUCAAGAGCAGCUUUAAACCAGGCGAUGUCAUACACUACGUGCUGGACCGGCGCCGGACCCUAAAUAUUUCCCAUGAUCUGCACAGCCUCCUGCCUGAGGUUUCACCAAUGAAAAACCGUCGGUUUAAGACUUGUGCGGUUGUUGGAAAUUCUGGCAUUCUGUUGGAUAGUGGAUGUGGGAAGGAGAUUGACAGCCACAACUUCGUAAUCAGGUGUAAUCUAGCUCCUGUGGUGGAGUUUUCUGCAGAUGUGGGAACUAAAUCAGAUUUUAUCACCAUGAAUCCAUCAGUUGUGCAAAGAGCAUUUGGAGGCUUUCGGAAUGAGAGUGACAGAGAAAAAUUUGUGCAUAGACUUUCUAUGCUGAAUGACAGUGUCCUUUGGAUCCCUGCUUUCAUGGUUAAAGGAGGAGAGAAGCACGUGGAAUGGGUUAAUGCAUUAAUCCUUAAGAAUAAACUGAAAGUGCAAACUGCCUACCCAUCACUGAGGCUCAUUCAUGCCGUCAGAGGUUACUGGCUGACAAACAAAGUUCCCAUCAAAAGGCCCAGCACUGGUCUCCUCAUGUAUACAUUGGCCACAAGAUUCUGUGAUGAAAUUCACCUCUAUGGAUUCUGGCCGUUCCCUAAAGAUUUGAAUGGAAAAGCUGUCAAAUAUCAUUACUAUGAUGACUUAAAAUACAGGUACUUUUCCAACGCAAGCCCUCACAGAAUGCCGUUAGAAUUCAAAACAUUGAAUGUGCUACAUAAUAGAGGAGCUCUGAAACUGACAACGGGAAAGUGUAUAAAGCAAUAAAGCACACUGUAAAACAUGCAAACAAACUCAAUAUGCACUUCAUUUCUGAAGAUGCUUCUGAAGGUUUGAAAAUAGGAUCCAAAACAGAGCUGGGUUUAAGCAUUCACAAAUGAACGGACAGGUUGAUGAAGGAAGCUCAUGUGAAAUCCACUACCAGCUAAUGAAAUACCUGCAAAGUGCUCCAAAACUUAAAUAUUGUGACUUCAAGGGUCCUAGUAAGUGCCACUUCCACUAAGAAUACAGUUUGAAUGUAUAAUCAGUAGUGUUUACAAGAUCCAACAAUGCACUUAUCAUUAAUUAAGGAAGAAAACAUAAUCUUCAUUUGUCGAGCUGCCGAUUCAAUGCCAAGCACAUUGGAAGAGGAACCUGGAAACACAGCUCAGCCCUUGGGAAAUUAAACCAUCCUUGUCAGCAGAAAACAAGAUGUAAACAUUUCGAGCAGUGGGAUUUAUGAGAAUAACAACUCAAGUAAAUGCCUUCAGCCAGGACUCUGAGUCUGAUCAUGGAUUUUGCUUGUAUUUGUUUUUGUCUUCUAGAAUUUUAUUGGUUGGGAUAUUGUGUGCUUAGAAAUCUUUUCUGAGAUACACAAAUAGGAAACACAUAUGAAUGAGGAAGAUAAAAGUCAAGUAAUGAUUUCUAAGGUCUUAUUAUAUUUUUUAAAAAGCAACCACAUAAAGAUUUUUUGAAGUUUUAUUUUGCACAACUUUAAAACUCCAGAUUACUUUUCAGUGGUGUAAAAGGUACCCGCUAAUCUGUACCCAUCAGUAGUAAUGAACAAAGAAGUUUCACAUCAUCUGAGAUCGUAAAAUUAGCAAAAUUGUACUUGUGGUACCAAAGAUUAUAUUCAUGUUUCGAUACAGCAAACUGUUCUUCUUUUUUGAAAAUAGUUUGUUAUUUAUCUGAAUAUGUUAUCAUCCCACUAAUGUAAAAGUUGUCUCUAAACAUUUUGAAAUUUCCAAAAUCUCAUUUUAUUUUUAUUGAAGGGAGAACUUCUAUACCUUUUACAUUUCAUAACUUUAUGGGAACAUUUUUCCCUUAGAAUAAAUGUUUGAUUGAUACAGCUGACUUUUGACUUCUGGUUCUUAAGUAUUCCCCCCUGUUAUUCAAAUGCAAACAUUGGCACACAGUUUAUAUCUUUAUUAAAAUACUUAGUAUAGAAAUAACAUGAUUAAGACAGUGUUGUUUUCAUAGCAGAGAUUAUUAAUAUUAAGACAUUCGACAUUGAAGCUGUGUCAAUAAAUUGCACCUAAAAUAUAUUCGAUUUGCCUGUAGCAUUCUGUAGUGAAAUAGUCACAUUAUCAGUGAGUGUAUGUUUAAAAGAAAAAUGAAUUGAUUCAUAAAAUGAUUUAAAACAAUUUAAUACAUAACAGUAUUAGACAGUUUUCUGGUAACAUACUGUCCUGGGAGGUAAUUCUGAUGUAAAUUGUUUCAUUAGAAAGCAGAAGCACUGUGUUCUUACUUCUUCUUUGCCCAGAAACAACUUGUGUGCUUCUUGUUUCUUGGUGAAGGCAAUCUGAGAACAGAAGAAACAGCAGGAGAAAUGUGCAUGUUUUAUUUCUUAGAGAAGGAAGUCUGAGAAAUAAAUUAAAACUAUAUAUAUGUGCAUAUAUAUUCAUGCAUAUAUAUUAAUGUUACCAUGAGAAAGGACAUCCACUGUAGUACACUUUUCAAUGUUUUAAAUAAUAUGUGGUAUUAUUUUUUAAAAAUACUGUAUAUGAGAACACAGGGAUACAGAAGUUGAUAUUUUGUGAAAAAUUCAUGUUUCUCUAAGAAAGCAAAGAAAAAUGCAUAAUGGAAGAUCCACAGCUGAAAAUAAAUAGAACCUUAAUAUACUUUAUCAUGAAACAUCUUAUCUAUUGGAACUUUUCAGAGAAAGUUACAUGAUUUGAAUGUAAAGUUGAAUAGUCUGAUUUACUUAACAAAUGAAAUGUAGGCGGUUUAUAGAAUCUUUGUUUGGACUAUGUGUAGAUAAGCUGCUGUAUCUAGUCACCUUUAACUUGAAUUUAACAGAAAUCUGAGUCACAAGUAAAUUCUUAUACAUAAAAUUUAACUUGACACUCUUUCAAAGUGUGUCUUUAAAAGCAGCAGUUAUGUGCAGUCUCUUGCCAUUUUUACUGUAUUUUAAGGCCACAGCAAAUCCGUCUCAACCUUUCACUGUUCUGUGCACUGUGCAAUUUAUCGCCUAGCUGCAUGGGGUAGUGCCUUUUUAGCUUCUUCACAUUACUUUGUUACCCUAUGCUUUGCAUUCUCUAAAUACUCGCCCAGUUCAGAAAGUGUUCAGCAUAAAAAAGGGCUUCAGUAUUGACUGAGACUACUUAUAUUCAUCUCAGGGAACUCUCAAUACUCGAGUGAAUUCAAUUAAAGUUAUUUAGUGUUCAAAGAAGACAAACUAUACAAGACCAUUUCAUUCCCUGGUGUAAACCAUGCCACCCGCUCUUCUGUUCAGCAUCCUCUGUGGCCUUCUCUUAGUGAGAGACGCACUUCACGGAGAUCAUUGAAGGCAACAGCAAGGAUAGUAAACAGAUUUGAGUUUUAACAAACAAUGGGCAGAAAGGAUCAGAACAGAAUAAAAUUAUGAAUGCAUACUUGAAGUAUUUGGGUUUUUUUUUCUUUUGAGAAUAUCAUAUAUUUACAGCUUUAAUUUUUUUUCAUCUUUUCAUGAUUUAACCCUGCUCAGACAGCAGAUUAUGAAAUAUUCCUGUCCUUUAGAUAAUGCGGUUGCUACUGUGCUGUUGACAUGAAUAGACCUGGGAAACAUUUCCAUCAUUGUUCCUUAGCCUGUUCAGUAAUGAAGUUGCUGAAAUUUAAAAAAAUAAUAAUCAGUAACAGAUUUUUGGGGGCAAAUCUAAUGAUUCAGCCCACAAGACUGCAGAAACUACUGUGGAAGUUUGUUUUUUUCUAUCUGAAAGAAGGUGCCGGGUAUUCCAAUGUCUUCAUGUGUUGUAAAUCACAUGAAUUGUGUACCAAUUGUUAAUGGGGAUUUCUACAUAUGUGCUUACAGAUGUCAUUUAUUUAAAUAAUGCUAGCGGUAGUGUACAUACCAACUAGUUCCUAAGCUAAUACACAGGAAAAGACUGAAGAAAGUAAUUUAUUUCCAUUGAGUCAGUUUGUCAAAAUACACAUGAUGUGGUGUUUGGUUCAUAAAAGGGUUGCUUUCAUGUGGUUUUUGUAAGGACUCUCUAUAAUUGUGGAAGAGAUGUAUGAAAAGUUGUGCAUAGUUAGAUGUUCUCUCUAAAGGGUGGAAGUUUCUCCAUCACAUAUUAUCAAGUUACCACUGUUUUAAAAUUUGAGUGAGGGUUAUUGUUUGUAUUUGAUACAAGAAAAUCCAAAUAAAACCCACCUAGAAAUAGAUAUUUUAUUAUAUAUGUGCUAUAGAUAUAUCUAUAUAGUACAAAUAGACCUGUGUCAUGCAUAUAUACAAUGUUAUAUAUGUGUAUCUGUGUGUAUGCACACUGAGUCUGUAAUAUUACAUACUAGAUUUGUGUUAUGCUCAUAUCUUCAGGGUCUGCACUGUGAACCACCCUGGAGAUAAGACCACUUUAGAAUAAGGAAGUUGUUUUGAGACUUCUGUUAGAAAUCUGCUCUAAGAGAGUUCUACUUUAUAUCUGAAUUUUGUGCUGUUCAUAUCCGUAGUUAUAAUAAGGGACAGUAUGUCCAAACCAUAAGGGGAAAAAAAAAAGAAAUGAAAAAAGAAAAAACUCUUCAAGUUGGCAAUGCAUUUGAAUUGCAGUUUUCAGAUUGGGGCUCUAGGCUUUGUGUUUCUCAUUUAAGUAGCACCUUUUAAUAAAUACUGUUUCUGUGUGUAGGCAAAAGCACAAUUGUUUCCAUGUAUAUAGCAGGAAAAAAAGAGUUUACAGAGCUAGUAUUGCUGCACAGGAUAAUUGCUACUGAGCAUUUCUUACACCAUUUGUGAAAUUAAAAGAUGAGGUUUAUUAUGUCUGGUUCAUUCUGUUCC